GCUUCUCCCUUUUCCCCUCGUCCUUCGUGUUCUUCCUUUCCUUCUUCCCUUCUCCGUCAAGGAGAGGAGAGAGAAAGAAAGGGCUGCUGCUUUCUCUUCGCCGGCCUUUAGAGAGAGAGAGAGAGAGAGAGAGAGUUGAUUGAUUGAUUGAUUGAUUGCUUCAGAAUUUCAGAUUGGAUUAAACAAGUAUUAUACGAUUAAAGUCAAACAGCUUCCUUCUAUUGUUUAAUCUUUGUUUGAUUUCUUCUUUUCUCUGAAAUCUCCGCUAGUUUUGACGCGGAACCCAUCUUUUUCUUCGUGUCUAUUUAACUGGGUUUCCUUCUGAUUGGGGUUUGAGAGCUUAUAGAAGCGAAGGGGAAUCUAGUUAUUAUGAGUUCGAACACCGCGUCUAGCUCCGGAGGUCCGGAAUCGAACGAUUCAUCGUCUAAUAGAAGGAAUUCGAAGCGGCCUAAAUAUUCGAGGUUUACCCAGCAGGAGCUUCCAGCGUGUAAACCCAUUCUCACACCAAAAUGGGUGAUUUCCGCGUUCAUGUUAGUUAGCAUUAUCUUUGUUCCCAUUGGAGUUGCUUCCUUGUUUGCUUCCAGAGAUGUUGUUGAAAUAAUCGAUCGUUAUGAAACCGAGUGUAUACCAGAAAGAUUUAGAAACGACAAGGUUGGGUUCAUACAGGGCCCUGUCAGUAAAAGCUGCAGCCGAAAUAUAACAGUGACGAAACGUAUGAAGCAACCAAUAUAUGUCUAUUACCAGCUUGACAAUUUCUAUCAGAAUCACCGCAGAUACGUGCAGAGCCGUAGUGAUAAGCAAUUGAGAGAUGCUGGCAGCGAGCGUGAUGUAAGCUCUUGCAAGCCUGAAGACAAUGCGAACGGGCAGCCAAUCGUGCCCUGUGGUUUAAUAGCUUGGAGUUUGUUUAAUGAUACUUAUAGCUUCACCCUUAACAACAAACAAGUUGCUGUGAACAAGCAGGGUAUCUCAUGGAAGAGUGACCGGGAACACAAAUUCGGCAAGAAUGUAUUUCCCAAAAACUUUCAGAAUGGUACUCUGAAAGGUGGAAAAAGCCUUAAUGAAUCCAUACCAUUGAGUCAACAGGAAGAUCUUAUUGUGUGGAUGAGAACUGCUGCUCUUCCCACAUUUAGAAAGUUGUAUGGAAAGAUCGAGGUCGAUCUUGAGAAGAACGAUUUAAUAGUUGUGAAUUUGGAGAACAAUUACAACACAUACAGUUUUAACGGCAAGAAAAAGCUUGUCCUUUCCACAACUAGCUGGCUUGGUGGGAAGAAUGACUUUCUUGGCAUUGCAUAUCUUACAGUUGGUGGGUUAUGCUUCUUCUUGGCAAUGGUUUUCACAGUCGUCUAUCUUGUUAAGCCAAGGCGACUUGGGGACCCAACAUAUCUAUCAUGGAAUAGAAACCCGAGUGGGCACUAAAACCGGAGCUGCUAGAACACGGUUUGUUGUAAUUUUAUUUGUAAUAUUAUUUUUAUGUGAGCAUAUUAAGAAACAAAAAGAAAGGGCAGGGUGGUGUAUGCAGACAGAUUGUUGUAUUGGAUCUUCUAUUUACCUUUUCAUAUGAAAGUUGUGUGAGAGUAUAUGAGAUGAUAGUGUAACUUCAAAUGAGUAUAUCUCAUUAUAUUAAAUAGCUUAUGUCCCUUGUGAUUAA